AUGGCCGAGUCCAAGAACCACACCACACACAACCAGUCUGGCAAAUGGCACAGAAAUGGCAUCAAGAAACCCCGGUCACAAAGAUAUAAAUCUCUUAAGGGGGUUGAUCCCAAGUUCCUGAGGAAGAUGUGUUUUGCCAAGAAGCACAAGAAAGGCCUGAAGAAGAUGCAGGCAAACAACGCAAAGGCAAUGAGUGUGCGCACAGAGGCCACUAAAGCCCUUGUGAAGCCUAAGGCCGUUAAGCCCAAGAUGCCAAAGGGCCCCAGCCGCAAACUCAGCGGGCUUGCUUUCAUCGCUCAUCUCAAGCUUGGGAAGAAGAUUCGAAGCUACAUGAGCAAGGGUCGUAGGCUGUAUGAACCACAGCCCAAGGUUCAAACCAAGGCAGAGGCUGCAGUUCCAGCUAAGGCCCAGGCUUAA